AUGGCUCCAAAAGGUAAAAAAGUAGCACCAGCACCAUUUGCUUCAAAAUCAUCCAAAUCAACUCAACAAAAAAACCCAUUAUUGGAAUCAUCACCAAAAAAUUUCGGUAUUGGACAAUCAAUUCAACCAAAAAGAAAUUUAUCAAGAUUUGUUAAAUGGCCAGAAUAUGUCAGAUUACAAAGACAAAAAAAGAUUUUAUCAUUAAGAUUAAAAGUCCCACCAUCAAUCGCUCAAUUCAACAAUACCUUAGAUAAAAACACUGCUGCUCAAACUUUCAAAUUAUUCAACAAAUAUAGACCAGAAACUUCAUCUGAAAAGAAAGAAAGAUUAACUAAAGAAGCAGCAGCUAUUGCUGAUGGUAAAACUGCUAAAGACGUAAGUGAGAAACCAUUAGUUGUCAAAUACGGUUUAAAUCAUGUUGUUUCAUUAAUUGAAAACAAAAAAGCUAAAUUAGUUUUAAUUGCCAACGAUGUUGAUCCAAUCGAAUUAGUUAUUUUCUUACCAGCUUUAUGUAAAAAAAUGGGUGUCCCAUAUGCAGUUGUUAAAGGUAAAGCUAGAUUAGGAACUUUAGUUCAUCAAAAAACCUCAGCUGUUGCUGCUUUAACUGAAGUCUCAUCAGCUGAUGAAUCAGAAUUAUCUAAAUUAAUUUCAACCAUCAAUGCUAAUUACUUAGAAAAAUACGAAGAUAACAAAAAACACUGGGGUGGUGGUAUUAUGGGUUCAAAAGCUAAUGAUAAAAUUGCUAAAAAAGAAAAAGCCAUUGCUAAUGCUGCUUCUUCUGGUAAUUAA